UUUUAAUGUCGCGUCAGCAGGCACAAUCUAGCAUAAAGAGUAAUUUAUAGUCUAAUGUAAUUACCACACUUUUUUUUCUUUAUUUUAACUGUAAAAAUGCCUGGCAAUAUAGAGACAGUUAUAUCUUUUGAUCCAGACGAGGAGCGCGAAAAUCUAAUUCCACAGAGAACAAGUGCCCCAAAUGAACCUCCUAUUGAUAACAACCAUAAAAACACAGAAGUUAUACUGCUUGAUAUAUCGCCUGAUAAAAAAUGGAUUUGUUACAUCAGUCAUCAACUUGAAGAAGGGUCACAGACAUAUAAGAUGAAAAAGAGAGAAAAACGUACCUAUCUGACAAGACGAAGAUUUACUUCGAUCAACCCAAAAACUGGUGAUGAGGAGACAGUAGUGGAUAAUCUUUUAAAAGAAAAUAUCGACCUCGAGCAUUUCAGCAUGGAUAUUACUGAUGAAAUUAAAAUAAUUGGUGAUAGUCACUGCAAAUUUUUAUCUAUAUCAGGAGAUGGAAAUUAUGUGGUGCUGUCAUUUUGUGAAAGAAUUAAACAAAUAAAUGGAAAACUUUGGCCGCCUAAAAAUCCCAACUGCCUGGUGUUUGAAUCAAAGCAAGGUGUACUUAAGCUUAGCCACAAAAUUAAAUGUGAUGGUCGUGCUGUUUUCUUGACUAAAAACACGCUGUCUUUAGCAUUAGUCCAGAGUACAACAAUAAAGGUGUAUGACAACUUUCCCAACAAUAUAUCAAUAAGCUUCCUGUUUGAUUUACAUCCUUUUAUUACAGCUAAUGGCUUGGCGCACGAAAAUGCCCAGGGUCACAAAUCCUACAUUGAAAAUGCCCCAUGGAUUGACAUCAACAAGCCCGAGGUUGCAGAUUCUAGUAGCCUUAGGACUGAUAUCCAUGAAGAUACAAAAAGAAUCAUUACAUUUUCAAGACACAUACGGCACAACGUUUUGGUCACACCUUUCAUAGAUGGUAUUGUUCGCGUUUGGUCAAUGAUCGAAGAUGGUGUAAGGCUGACUUCUUUCUCCGCUUUGAAUCAGCACGUAAUGGCAUUUUCUAAACAUUACAAAUAUACUGCUGCUUACGUUGAAGGGACUAGAGCAAUCAAUAUCUACAAUGUGAAAAGUGGAUUGCUUGUAUACCAAUUGAAAUCUCGAGCGGUAGAUUUAUCCGCCUCGUUUGAAGUUGCACACAUCAGAUUUUGCUACGAUGGCCGGUAUAUUGCUAUGUCUGGAUGGGAAGGAGACCAAGUGGUAUUCGUAGUCUGGUAUAUUGAAGCAGAGGAACUCAUUUAUAGAACAACAGUUUCACUUACGACCAAGCCAAACUCUGAUUUAUACAGCAGAGACAGAAGGCUCCUCAAGGUAGUUCAGCCGUUCGUGACACGAGGGGUCAACAGUAACGGAGACAAGUGUCUGAAGGGAUUUUAUACAUCUUUUGAAAAUGGGAACCUUGCUACUACAUUCAUUGAAUUGGAUAUUGAUAGGGUACAAACAAAUAUUGACAUAAAAUGGGUAGAAAACUCCAUUCCGACAUACUAUGAACAGACAGAAAUUCUGAACAAUUUGGACGAAUAUGAUGGAAUCAAAUGCGGUCAUUUUGAAAUUAAGAGGGCCAAAUAUUUGAUCCGUUUUGGUAAACACACUGUACAGUUAUGGCGCUUAAACGGGAACGAGACUUCUGGAGGAUGUGCUUUUGAAAAUGAUGAUCUCAUUUAUAUACGAGCUUACAAAGGCCCUCAUUACGGGAUCGAUUACUCAUUCCGAGAAACAUGGCAGAUCCAGGAUUUUUCCAAAAUUUUGUUUAUUGGCGGUAAUUCUUUUGGUCGCAUGCUGGUGAAUAUCAAGGAGACUAAUGAUCAGGCUUAUAAAAGUGGAAGCGAACCUGAUAAGAGCUACCAUACCGAAGAGAUUUUUUUACCUGUGCAUGAAUUGCUAUUUCCCAAAGAUCCUAUACGCAGACAAUCAAUGGAACAUUUGUCUUCAGUAACACAGAAUUCAGACGAGCAUAAUGAAGAUGAAUUUAAGUUUAAUUAUCAUAAAUUGGAGAGUGCAUGUCAAGCUUUACAUUAUCUUUCUACAAUCUAUAUCAAAAGCGUUGAUAUUGGAGAGCGUACAACUCAGUACCAGAAUAAUCACAAAAUACUGUGUAAAAAGACUGAACAUCUGGUUAAAACAGCCAUUAAAAAUAUUGAUAAAGAAUCUAAUUUUUUUUCAACUAUUGCUGGCAGUAGAACAUUAGCUAUGCUAGCUUCCUUCGAAAUGGGAAAAGAAAUUAUUAAACUGAUUGUUAUUCAACCAAUUCCAAUCAGUAUCUUCAGCUAUGCAAAACCUAUACCUGAAAUCUUUGAAACCCCCGAUGAUUAUGAUGACAGGGAACGACUCAAAACAUCAAGAAUGAAUGCUCCAAGUAUCAGAAAUUUUAAUGGCACCGAUUCAGGCACAAAUAGCAUAUCAGUAAAUUACAAAAUGGCAUAUAGAGACUCUCCACCAAGAUUCAAUAAGCAUGUCCAGAAUAAUCAGUCCAUGGUCUCGAAUGAAAAUGUUUUGACGGUUUUGAUAGAAGAUUUAAGUUAUGAGAUGUAUCAACUUCUUUUUAACCGAAUUUUAGCAGACUCUAAAAAGCUGGGACCUGGCUGCCUAUCUUCUUUGACAGACGCUCUUUUACUUCUUCAAGUAGAAGGAAACGUGGAUCUUUUACUUAGCAGCAGUAAAAACUUGUCUUAUUUACACAUUGAACAAGGAAAGUUGGGUGCACUAAAAUCUGAAAUCACACAUGUGAUGAAAGUAAAGACGGCCCAGAAAGAAUAUAUCUCUCGUAGUCGAAAUUUGGAAACACACGCUAUCAUGGAACAAAUCCAAACAUACAGUAGCCGCACACUAUUUAUUUACAAAAUCAAGCGACUUUAUUUUGAUUAUUUUACAAGCAGCGAUUUGAGAUCAGAUAUUGGAUUCUAUUACAGAGUUUACAUCAGAAAAUACAUUCGGAUGCUAUUUGAUCAGUCAAAAAAAGAUCCCAAAGUAUUAUCAAAAGUAUGCGUAGUCCCCCUUCCUCAUUUAAACUCAUACAGUAGCUUUCCGGAAGACCGACCAAGACUUUGCAAAUCGAAUCGUGUCGAUGUAAUUACAUACAAAGACAAUAGUGCGUUUGUCCAAUUGGCUAUUGAUCAAGAUGACAACAGUAUUUUUCAUCAAGGCGACACAGUUCUCGAAGUCAUGCUUGAGUACAAGUGGAAGCAAUUUGCUCGAUGGAGAUUUAUAGCAAUCUGUUCUAUACAUGCCCUUUAUUAUGUUUCUUACUCUACAGGCGUGCUGUUUUCCCAAGAAUUGUUUUAUCAUGACCCAGAGAAAGACUUUGUUUUAGAUUCCCCUGGUCAGAUUAUCUCAGUUGUUUUGAUGGGUAUUUCCAUUAUUAUACUAUGGGGACAAGAAUUACGUCAAUUUUGGAACUCGCACUGUAGACUUAAUUACUUUUUAUCAUGCUAUAACUGGAUUGACAUGGCAUCAUUUAUAUUUCCGAUUUACACACUCUUACAACUAGUCAAUCGUUGGGAUUAUUUUAACGAAGUUUGUAGUAUUAGCACUCUUAUUUUGUGGACACAUGCUAUCUUGAGAUUACGUGCAAUAUCAUAUUUUGGUAUUACUCUGGAAAUUAUUAUUCAACUUUGCAGAAACGUCGCUUCGGUGCUCAUGAUUAUGAUGCUUGUUAUUUUUGCUUUUUCGCAUGCAAUAUUUGUGCUAUUACGUCUGGAACCUGAUGAGUAUUUCCGAGAACAAUUCGAAGGCACUUACACCUCUUUAAAUGGCACUUUAUCAGGUGAAACGACUAUCGCCAACGUUAGUUCUGAUAAUGUCUUUAAUAACAUAUUCAAAACUAUUUCGCAAGUGUGGUUUUUUGUUUAUGGUGUAUGGGACUCUUUGCAAGACGGUGAAGCAGGUGAUAACAAAGUGCUCAUAUGUAUUUCUAUUGUAUUCUCUUUCAUUACUGUCUUGAUUUUCUUUAAUUUGGUCAUUGCUCUCAUGUCAAGUACGGUAGAAGAUGUGAACAAGCUCGGAAAAAAAGUGUGGGUGAGCCAUUUUGCUGCUGUCAUAUCUGAAAUUGAGCUUUUAUGGUCUACAAAAGGUGCCAAGCAUUGCAGAAAGAAUAAUCCCAUGUAUAUAUACUAUAUUGGCAGCUUUGAGUCCGUUAAAAAACAGGAGAAUAAGCUCAAAGCAGAAACAGAUGCACUUGAAAAAAAACUCGGUAUUGAUAAAUUACGUCUGGAAGCAACUAAUUUAGUAAAUUGCUAAACAAACCCACUAUAAGCAUAUUCUUAUGUAAUAAAAAAAAUGUUAAAUUUUUGCUAUGGUA